AUGACGGCUAUUGCUGGGUCUGAGCACUUAGGGAUGUGUCUUCCCCAGAACUCUGGGGGAAAGGGAUUUGAGAGAAAUGGCAAGGAUCCAAAGAAAACUGGAACAGAUGUGGCUGAUCCAGUCGCUCCAGUGCAAAUAGAUGGCUCAGUGCGGUUUGAUGGCGUGGGGGGUCUCUCUGACCACAUUUCAGCUUUGAAAGAGAUGGUCAUUUUCCCGUUACUUUAUCCGGAGUUCUUUGAGAGAUUCAAACUGCGACCCCCAAGAGGCUGUCUAUUCUAUGGCCCACCAGGGACUGGAAAGACCCUGGUAGCUCGGGCACUUGCUAACGAAUGCAGCCAAGGCGACAGGAGAGUUUCCUUCUUCAUGAGGAAAGGCGCUGACUGCCUGAGUGAAUGGGUGGGAGAAUCUGAGCGCCAGCUCCGUUUAUUAUUUGAGCAGGCCUACAAGAUGCAGCCUUCAAUUAUUUUCUUUGAUGAGAUAGAUGGUCUUGCCCCUGUGCGGUCCAGUCGCCAGGAUCAAAUUCAUAGUUCUCUUGUCACAACGCUUCUGGCGCUUAUGGAUGGCUUAGAGAGCAGAGGAGAGAUUGUGGUCAUUGGAGCCACCAACAGACUCGACUCCCUAGACCCUGCUUUGCGGAGGCCGGGUCGUUUUGACAGAGAGUUCCUUUUCGCCUUGCCCAAUAAAGAGGCUUGAAAAGAGAUUCUCAAGAUCCACACGAGAGCCUGGAGCCCUAAGCCGCUGGAUGCAUUUCUUGAGGAGCUGGCUGAAAAAUGUGUUGGAUACUGUGGAGCCGACAUUCAGUCUCUCUGUGCUGAAGCUGCCCUCUGUGCUUUGCGCCGACACUACCCACGGAUAUACACGAGUCGACAGAAGCUGCAGAUAGACAUCGCUGCCAUUGAAGUAGCAGCAAGAGAUUUUGCGGAGGCUCUGCGGAAGAUUGCACCAGCUUCGCAGAGGGCUGUGGCUUCGCCCGCGCAACCGCUGUCAGCCGUUUGUAAGCCACUGCUUCAGAGGACUCUGGAGAGACUCCUAAAAGCGUUACAGAGAGUGUUUCCCCAGGCAGCGCUUGCACUAAAGAAGGACCAGCAGCCAGACGGUGCAAAUCCUAUCUUAGGAAACGGCUGCAUGUAUAGUCAUGAGGCGUCACCUUCAGGUUUUGCAGAGGAGCUGUUUCAUCAAACGGCCAGUCCUCAAAAGGAAACGUUCCUUCACUUGAACAGAGAUGCUUACUGCCAGCCCACGUGUUACAGGCCAAGGUUCUUAAUAGCUGGAGAGCCCGGAUGCGGGCAAAGUUCUCACCUGGCUCCUGCAGUAAUACACGCGCUGGAGGAGUUUGCAGCUUACACGCUGGACCUGCCGGCUCUCUUUGUUAGUAGCACGUCGCCUGAAGAAAGAUGUGCACAGUUGAUCCGAGAAGCCCAGAGGACAGCGCCAAGCAUCCUUUAUGUGCCUCGUAUCCACGUAUGGUGGGAGGCUGCUGGCGUCACACUGAGAGCUACGUUUACAACGUUAUUGGAGAACAUUCCAGCAUAUGCUCCAGUUUUGUUGCUUGCAACGUCAGAUGUACGUCACGCAGAGCUCGCCCAAGAGGUCCGAGAUUUAUUUUCUGAGGCUUAUGGAGAAGUUUUCCAUGUCCAGUUGCCGGACGAGGAAGAAGGCAGAAAGUUCUUUGAGGACUUGCGUACAGGGCCUGUAUCAAGCAGAAAACGCAGAAGCAACGCAUCACCGUCAGUCAGCGUAGCAGAGAAGAGGAGGAGAUUCCCAUCCAGCGAGGAGAAUGAGACUCACGUCUGUUUAAGGCAACUGCUGAGUGCUGCUGCUGGGAUAACAAAGAAGUUCAGCAUCUUUCACCGGGAAAAACUACAUGUUAUGCUCAGCCAGUGUAUUUACCGGCAUCGACAAGACGACGACAAGACUCAGUUAAUAGAGGUAGUAUUUCUCACGGCACUUCCGAUCGCUGUUACACCGCUCCUGCACGGGAAUGGCUAUUCAGCGCCUCCUGCUGUGGACUAA